AUGGAAGCCGACAGAGCCAUCCCUUCUCAAUUCGUGUUUCCCUCCCCUGCAGCAGACCUUGGGUCUGCUGAGUUGGAGCCCCAAAAUGAUUUCUAUAAGGCGUCCUCCUCACCAGCAGCAGUAGCAACAACAACAGCAGGAGGUGCAGCAGGAGCGGCAGGAGGUGCUGAUCGCGCUCCUCAGACGCGCGAGUUUGUCUAUCCUCCUACUGUGGAGAUGGGGCCCCCCCCUGCUCCUGUUUCCUCUUCUUUUGAUAUGGGGGGCCCCUGGGCAGAGAAACGAAUCGUUGUGGGCCCUUCGUCUUCUGAACGGAUGCAAAUAUACGGCCGAGUGCCUCCAAAGACUUGGGCUGAAUCAGCACGAGAAUGGCUGGGGAAUGUCAUGGAGAGUCUCCAGACCCGCCAACAGCAGCAGCAACAGCAGCAGGAGCAGCAGCAGCAGCAGCAUCAGCAGUAUCAGCGGGUGUUUUAUGCAUUAGGCCAGCCACGGAGUUCGUUUGAGGGGUUGGUUGCAGACGUGCCUCCUCAGCUUAUAUAUAAGAACGUGGUGUAUGUGCCGCAUUCAAUUGAACGACCUCCUCAGCUAUUGGGGCUUCCACCGUAUCCUUCACCAUACAUUGCCGUUCCUGCUGCUGCUCCUCCACCUCCUCCUCCUCCUCCUCCUGUCUUGAUUCCUUUGGAGUCAGAGAUAAUCUGCAGGGGCCAUCCAUCCGAUAGAACAGAACUUUGCUUCGGGUGUACGAUCCCCCCUAGACAGCUGAAAUUUGAUAUUGUUAGAGAGGAAUUAAGAGGCUGCUUUGGAAUCUGCAGAAGUCAUCGAUUUAAAGCAGCGCCUUUCGGUGCCUCUCACUCCCUGUCCCCUUCUUUUUCUUUUAUUUGA